AUGACGCAACAUCCGGUGGAGCUGUUGGCGGGCAGAAAGGGGCUGGUUGUAUAUGUUAGCAACGCGUUUCAGGCUAUUGUGUGAUUGAGCGCCGCAGGCAGACGCAGACUGCUCCCAAACUACCGCCGAAGGAGUCUGAAAUUUCUCGGCUUUCCUUCCUUUUGCUCUCCGACCCUCCAUCGAUCCUCAGCCGACCGUUACAGCCGCUCUGUCCGCCUCGGCCUGCUGCUAGCCCGCCCAGCGCUCCGAAGGUUUCUGCGGGAAGGGACUCCUCCAUUAGACACCAACAUGGCGACCGUAGCUGCGAAGAAGAGCAAGAAAUCCGAGGAUGAGGAGCAGCCAGCUGCCCCGGUGGUAGCGACGGCGGCGGCAGCAGCAACAGCAGAGCCCACAGACGAAGCACCUCCUGCAGAAGCAGCACCAGCAGCACCUCCAGAGGAGGAGGAGGAAGAGGAGUAUGUGGUGGAGAAGGUUCUAGACCGCCGUGUGGUGAGGGGCAAAGUGGAGUUCCUGCUGAAGUGGAAGGGAUUUUCAGAUGAAGACAACACAUGGGAGCCGGAGGAGAACUUGGAUUGUCCGGACCUCAUAGCAGAGUACAUGCAGAAACACAAAGAGAGGGAGGAGAAGAAGAAGGAGAGCAAGAGGAAAGCUGCCAGCGAGGCCUCCGGAGACACAGAGGAACGGGCCAGCAAGAAGAAAAAGGAGGAGGGCGACAAGGCCAGAGGUUUUGGCCGAGGCCUGCAGCCUGAGAGGAUCAUUGGAGCCACCGACUCCAGCGGGGAGCUGAUGUUCCUGAUGAAGUGGAAGAACUCGGACGAGGCGGACCUGGUCCCGGCCAAAGAGGCCAACGUCAAAUGCCCCCAGGUGGUGAUCUCCUUCUACGAGGAGCGUCUGACAUGGCACUCCUACCCGACGGAAGAGGAGGAAAAGAAGGAGGAAGAAAAAAAAGACUAGGGGGGGGCGAGAGGGGAAAGAAGCAAGGCAGGAAAACGGGCUUGACCCCCAGCUGACCCUUCAGUU